CAUCCCCCGUUGCCAUGGAAACGCGCGGCUGCAGGCAGGGCGCGUGCCCGCGGCCGUGCGCGCCCCCGCCGCCGCUGCUGCACGGCCGGAGCGGAGCCGCGCGCUGCCCGCAGCCCCCCCGCACGGAGCCCCCGCGGUCCCGGUCCCCCCGGCCCAGUGCAUGAGGCGGGGGUCUGCCCCACAGCCGCCCAGCGCCCGCACUGACGCCCGCAGCCAUGUCGGGCUCCUACGACGAGUCGGCAGCGGCCGCGGAGGAAACGACCGACAGCUUCUGGGAGGUGGGGAACUACAAGCGCACGGUGAAGCGGAUUGACGACGGGCACCGGCUCUGCAAUGACCUGAUGAACUGCGUGCAUGAGCGGGCCAAGAUCGAGAAGUCCUACGCGCAGCAGCUCACCGACUGGUCGAAGCGGUGGAGGCAGCUCAUCGAGAAAGGUCCCCAGUACGGCAGCCUGGAGAGGGCCUGGGGGGCCAUCAUGACCGAGGCGGACAAGGUGAGCGAGCUGCACCAGGAGGUGAAGAACAGCCUGCUCAAUGACGACUUCGAGAAGGUCAAGAACUGGCAGAAGGACGCCUACCACAAGCAGAUCAUGGGAGGCUUCAAGGAGGCCAAGGAGGCUGAGGAUGGGUUCAGGAAAGCCCAGAAGCCCUGGGCCAAGAAGCUCAAGGAGCUGGAGACAGCCAAGAAAGCCUACCACCUGGCCUGCAAGGAGGAGAAGCUGGCCGUCACCCGGGAAGCCAACAGCAAGGCAGAGCAGAACAACACCCCCGAGCAGCAGAAGAAACUGCAGGACAAGGUGGAAAAGUGCAAGCAAGAUGUGCAAAAGACCCAGGAGAAGUACGAGAAGGUGCUGGACGAGCUGAACAAGUGCACCCCGCAGUACAUCGAGAGCAUGGAGCAGGUCUUCGAGCAGUGCCAGCAGUUUGAGGAGAAGAGGCUCAACUUCCUCAAGGAAGUGCUCCUGGACAUCAAGAGGCACCUGAACCUGGCCGAGAGCAGCAGCUAUGCCAACGUGUACCGGGAGCUGGAGCAGACCAUCCGCCUCUCGGACGCGCAGGAGGAUCUCCGGUGGUUCCGCAGCACCAGCGGCCCCGGGAUGCCCAUGAACUGGCCCCAGUUUGAGGAGUGGAACCCGGACCUGACACACACGAUAACGCGGAAGGAGAAGCAGAAGAAGGGCGAGGGGGUGACCCUGACCAACGCCAGCAGCGCGGGCGAGACGGGGGCAUCGGCGGGCGAGCGUGGGAGCGUGAGCAGCCACGACCGCGGGCAGACCUACAGCGCCGAGUGGUCUGACGACGAGGGCAGCAACUCCUUCAACGCCAGCGAGGCCAACGGCGGCACCAACCCCUUCGACGAGGAGCCGGCGGGGAAGGGCGUGCGGGUGCGGGCUCUGUACGACUACGAUGGGCAGGAGCAGGAUGAACUCAGCUUCAAAGCAGGCGAUGAACUGACCAAACUCGGGGAAGAAGACGAGCAGGGUUGGUGCAAAGGGCGCUUGGACAACGGGCAGCUGGGUCUCUACCCCGCCAACUAUGUGGAGGCAAUCUAAGUCUUGUGGUGUGCUCCUCAUCGCCGUCAGCAGAUAAAUCCACCCUCCGUUGUCUCCAUCUCUCCACCAGCCAACCAGCCAUUUGCCGUCUGGUCCUUCACUCCUCACAGUUAGAGAUUCAGACAUAUUUUCCGACCAAGCUUUUAUUUUUUUAAGAGUUGUCUCCGAAGAGUAUUUUGCAUAGUCGCUUUCUUCUUCUUCUAAGAUUAUGUGAAGCGAAAGAUGACGCUGUCUGUUUGUCUACGUUAGUUGAUGUUUUUCCGAGCGAAAAGCCGAUACCUCAAGAUCUUAAAGCCCAACCAGUGAGAGCUUCUGAUCGGUUGGUUUUUAAAGAUACUGAAAUCAUGAGCCACCUUCUGAUUGGCUAGAACUGUUCCGAAACGCACAGCGCUGGAGCUCCUGGGACCCAUCAAAUUCACCCCAAAACACUGAGAGGGAUCCAAGCACCUUUGCGCCCGGCCUGGGACGGGGGGACCAGCUCGGGUGCUGCUGGGGACGGUCCCAUCCGCCUCCUUCCUGCAGAGCGGGGACGAGCAUCGUCCAGCCCUGCGCGGCACGGGCGGGAGCAGAGCUGGAGGAGGAGGAGGAGGAGGAUGAAGGCUCGGCACGGGCAGCAGACUCCGGCCCGGGCAGCUCUUCCCGGCACAUCUCCUCAUCUUCCUCCAACCGUCACCCCGGCAGCACCAAUGGCAUCGCCUUCCCGCCUGCUCCCCCGCUCCUCUCCUGCCCCCUCCGUGGGUCUGGGAAUUUCUUGGCCCCAGGAACCCAGCGUUCCGGUGGAGGCAGGAGAUGCGCCACGCGCUGGGCAUGGCCCCACGUCCCCUGCCAGGCGCGCAGACGGGAGAAAACCACAAAACAGUCAGAAAAAACCCAACCAACCACCUGUCUCAGCAAUGCACCCCGGUUUUUUGUACAUUGAUUGUGUAAUUUAAGAAGUAUAUAUAUGAUAUAUAUAUAUCGUGAUUGUAUUAACGUGGAUACAACAAAAAGCAGCAAGCGAAAAUAA